CGAACGAUCGCCAGAAAUGCGGCCUGCUACGCAUCGAAUACGUCUUCCGCGACGAUUAUUACGGCCCCCCAAUGCGCACUACCCUGAGCCUCCCUGCCCGCGCCAAUUCUCCCACAAACCUCCCCGGCUCCUGCUCAUCACGAACCGAAGCACUCCCCGACCACAGCUGCCCUUCCUCUACCCCACGGGCCAGUACCUCUCCAAUGGCCAAAUAUUCCGUUUAUUCUCUAUCAGCGCAAAUCACAAGAAGUUCAUAAAAGAGACGGCGCGGCAGACUGUCAAGUACACCGUUCUAAUCUGGAUAGUAACGACAUGCUUCAGUCUUGCGAGCUUCGGGAUACUGAGCGAGAGGCAGGAGAGAGCCUUCCCGUCACCGCAUGAGUGGAGUUUAAUCACGAGGAUAAGGUUUCGCAGGGGAAAGUGGUGGCAGGUGCCGGAGAACAAUGAGGAUGAGGGGUUCCCCAACUGGGCGAGGGUGUACUCAGAGUUGCAGUCUGCGAUGAACAGAUUGGAGAAUCCAACCAAGGAUGGCGCAGGACUGGUAGAGCAAGAGGAGGGAGGAUUGAUGGUGCCCGGCGUAGGGAAGGCGGGAUACGACCUGACGGCGAAGAGCGAGGAAUGGCGGCAGGGAUACUAUGAAGUGCUCCUGGGCAUGGCGCGAGCAGCCGAAAGAUUAGAGGGAUGGGUAACAGAUAAAUGGAGACGAAAUGUAUGGGCGCCUGAGUUUGUCGCGUCGCCCACGAAUCCCCGACCGAAGGCUACAUUACCAGGCAUGCCACCAGUGCCAGAGGAAGACCAACGAGUUCCGGCAGCAGAAGCCCCAGAAACCUUCUACCUCAAGAUCAUAACCUCGAAAGGCUUCACAACAAAUCAACGUCUCACAGCAGCUUUGGGCUAUGCCGACUGGCUCGCCUUCAGAAAGCUCCCCGACUCAGCAGAAGAAAUGUACCGCUGGGCGCUCGACAUCGCUAUUUCUGGCCUUCCCAUCCCCGACCCCUCGACCACCAUAAACCGCACCAGCGGUGUCCUCUCCUCCACCGCACCCAAAGAACACAUAACACCCAACCUCGUCUACGCCGCCACAAACCUGGCUACCUUCCACGCCGAACAAGGGAACAUCAUCGCUGCCCUCCCCAUCCUCAUCUCCCUCCUGCGCGCCCGACUAACCGCCGAUCCUGCACCUCCGCCACCACCCGCAGAAGAACCAGACUCGAGCUUAACAGGCACACUACUGAGCCUGCUUAAUGAGCCUGACUACCCUCCCCUCCCACCUACAGGCGACGAGCCCCUUCUCCGCCGCGAAGAAGACCGCUGCGAAGAAGCAGCCCUGAAGUCGUACAUCGGCGAGAUCCUCUUCGCGACCGCGGGCUCGUCUCCCUCUCAGCGUCAGCAAGGCCUCUCCUGGGUCCGCGACGCCGUCUCCACCGCCAAAAUAGCACAGUCGCUCGCCCCCAUCGCGAACGACGACGAGCGCCGCAAGAAGUGCGAACAGUGCGAGGAAGUCGGGCUCGAGUCCUGGGGCAAGAUAAUGACGUACCUCGCUGCUGAAGCGCACGAGAAACGGGACGCGGCGAAGAGUCGUAGUCUCCACGGCUUGAUGUGGAAGCUAUGGGGUACACAGAAGCUGGACGAGGAUGUGCAGAACCUUGAGGGCGAGGAGGAGGGCGUUACAAUGAGGUUGAAUAAGCUGAGAGGUAAGAUGCUUAAGGAGGAGUAUGAGGACAUGGAUCGGAAGUAUGCGAGGACGUUCGUCUUCUAAGCUCCUAUGUAUAGAUACGUGUUGGAAAUCUAGGCAAGCAUGGCUGC